GCACACAGUCAUUUCACGACCGUGACGUGCACAUAAUUAUGUACAUAUUUACAGCGGUGUUACUCGUAGCUAUCUCUCACAACUAAGUAGUACUCAGUUUCGUUGAAAUAGUUUGACUGUAGAGUUUAUGUAGCAAUGGCUGAAAAGAUUGAAAUAGAGAAAGCCUCCAGUUCUUCACAGAACCUGGUAUGUCCGCUAUGUCUUGAUAUUUUUGAUGAACCAACGAUCCUGACGUGCGGACACACUUUCUGCCGUAAGUGUCUCAAGAAAUAUGAUCUGACCCACCAGGACAUUGACCACAUGGUCUGUCCUCUCUGCAGGGAGAUCACCAAGUUGUCUUCCAACCGAGUCGACGAUCUCCGCCUCAAUGUCUCCAUUAACGGAUUCGUAGACGAUUACCACGCCAAGUGUGGAGGGAUGAAUGCUGUCCUUGAGAUGCGUACAAAAUGUACUGGUUGCAAGUUUCAGCAAGACGCUGUCUCCUUCUGCAGAACAUGUAAUAACUACAUAUGUGACAAAUGUUUACAAUGCCAUCACUACAUGGAACUUUUUGAAGAUCACGAGAUUGUCUCCAUGGAGGAUGUCAUCGAAGGGAAGGUCAGCAUUGGUCAUCAAUUUGAGAAAUGCUCCAUCCACAAACAAGAGAACAAAGAUAUGUUUUGUGAUGAUUGUAAGGUCCGUGUCUGUCUCAGGUGCGUGGUCGUUGGUCAUAAAGUCCAUAACAUCAAGAACCAGUCUGACUUCGAGCAUGAGUUGAGGCGAAAGGUGACAGAGCUUGCCAAGCAAUGUGCAGCUAAGAAAGCUGAGCUGGAAAAGAACAUUCAGAAUAUAGAAUUACAACGUCAUGAGGUACACACUGCCAUGCAGAAACUACUAGAUGAUGUCAGCCAGGCUUACAGCAUCAAGGUAAAAGAGCUGGAAGGAAAUCUUCAAGAUCUCAUCGAGCAAAUAAAUGAAUUGAAGCGAAGUUUCGAGGAUGAUCUCAACAUCCUAAAGUCCAAGGAACGACAGAGGAUCAAAAGCAUUUGUAGUUCGAUUACAUUGGUAGAUAAUGACAGACUGGGUCAUCUUGAGACAGAUAGUCUGUCCGCUCAUAAUUUGCUUUGUAAUGAGCUAGAAGCUAUGCUGAAAGAGGUUACCGAUCGCACUACUGCGGAAGUUAUUACAAAGAAAGCACAGGAGAAGAGUUUUAAUCCUGGAGAUGCUACUUGUCUUGAACUCGGAAAAAUCUCAGACCCUAUCAAUCACACUUUUACUGUUGAUAUCACGGAGAAAGCACUGAAGAGUUUUAAUCCUGCAGAUAAAUCUUGUCUGGACCUCGGGAGCAUCUCGGGAUCAGAUCCCAAGUUAGAAAUCAUGAAGUGUAUAGAUCUACGGGGAGAAAUGAUUGGAAUGACAGCUUACACUCAUACCAGUGUGGCCAUCGUAUAUGGGAUUUAUACACCAGGUAUUGAUAUCAUUGAUAUAGCUGGUGGAACGGAGCAGUAUACAAACAUACCACAUGACGUGGGUUAUAGAGAUAUUGCGAUUCUACGAGACAGAACAUUAUGUGUCUCAACUAGUUCUACAGAAGCACACGUGUAUUCUCCCAAUGGCUCCAGGAAAGCAACAAUCAACGUGAGUGAGACUUUUUAUUAUCUCAAACUGAACAGAAGUCCAUCAAAUGAGAUCCUCAUUGCUAACGCUGCCAACAAAGUCUACAUCUAUGACCCGACUGGAUCCACUCUCAAACACACUGUUCCAACAAAGCACAAUACGUGGGAGGCAUCAUCCACCAGGUCGGGUUUGAUCGUCACCAGUUCAUGUUUCAUCAAUCCAAGCGUGGUGACGGUCUAUGACAGGGAUGGGAAUGCUGGUGAGUCUCUGCAAGCUCCAAAGGAUGUCUACCUGUAUGCUACCGUGGAUGAACAGGACAGGGUGUAUGUAGCGAGUGUUGAUGAUAAGAAUAGGAAGGUGGUGAUCAGGCUCUAUGAUCUUGAUGGUCUGAACCUGAGGGAAAGAGUUGAGUUUAAUGCACUUGAUAUGACAUUGGGUUCUACUUGGUGUUACUUGGUUUCCCUCUCUCCGGACCUACUCGCCUUUGCUUGUAUGAGUAAGUUAUAUAUCACCAAGGUAUCGCUGUAAUAAAGAGUAUCUUACUAGUGUGUAUAACAUGAACUAUUGAUUUUUAUGCGAUUAUUUAUAGUGUAUCUGACAUGAGAAUUCAAAAUGUUUGUAAACACUUUUCUUAAUUUGUUUACAUUUUGUGCUGUGUAUAUACACACAACUUUUAACACGAAUCGAAAAAACGUUCAUACACAUAAAAUAAUUUCAUUAUUGAAACUGGAAUAUCAAAAGACCAUUAUUUUUAAUUAUUUCGUGAAUCUGAAUUAACAGUAAAAAAAAAAUAGGACGUUGUUUAAGACUGUCACUCUUAUAACAAGUUGUUUGAUUUUUUUGUCAUUGAUUAAACAACUUGUUUAAAAAAAUUUAAUUGGUUUAACAAAUAAGCAGAUGCUUAAAAAGUUUAAUCAGUAGUUGUUGGAGUGACGGGCUUAAACAACGUGCUUGACAUUUUAAACAGUGUUUUUACAGUGUAAUGCUUUUGUUGUCAUUCAACUCGUGUAAUUAAGCUAGCGUUUUAUAUUUUAGGGUCUCUAGCUGUUAUAGAGAAUUCGAUAAAAGACUAUUAUACUGAACGAACUCUGUAUUUGUGAGUGUCAAGAUUUGUCUGUGUGGAGAUGUUUACAAUCGAUUUGCUGUUUUGUUGCAAGCCAGUCUAUAUUCGUUGUGGAUAUACGUAAAUGAUCUCGAAAUCUUAGAUUUUUCUGCCCAGUUUAUAUGUGAUGUGAAGGAAAGGCCUAAUAAUCACGGAUAUCAGCUCAAUUCCUUCCGAUUCGACCAUAAACUCAUUAAUCUGAAUAGGCCUAUAUUUAUAUUUAUGUGGAAUGUAUAGUCAUCACAAGCCGAUUCCUACAUAAUUUUCUUUUUAUGAAAUAUGACUUACAGGAACAUUAUUAUAUUUAUUUUAUAAUAAAACGCCUUACUGAAUGAUAGUAUGUUAUAAACAGCCACUAGAAAUUCUACGAUAUUAACAUAUCCAAAUUUCACGAGGGGCAUCAUUAUGGUUCAAGUAACCUGGUUUGUUUUGUUGUUGUUGUUUUGCCUUUAUUUAGAAUUCAAUAAAUUAUAAUAUAACAAGGUAUAAGUACUUAAGAACUUAAUAUUUUCAUACAUUGCACAUUGUGAUACGUAUUUUCAUUCAAUGCACAUUAUGAUCUUACGUUCUUUUUUUUCUUUUUUUUAAUAUGUUAGAUUGAUAAAUGAAUAAAGCAGACAGUGCAUGUACUGUUUCCAAUAAAGCAAAAUAUGAUAAUUUUCAUGAAAUAAAAUAAUUUAAUCAACGAAUCAUAAAAAAUAAUAUUUUGAGCAUCAUUGAAUCAAUAAAAAUCAAGAUGAUUUGAAUAAAGGUUUUCUUAUAAAACAUAAGAAAAUGUGAAUGGGUUACAUCAUGCCAAUAUGGCACGGUGUAUUUUAUUGAAAUUUAUCAAUAUAAUAUGAUGAAUAUCGGACUGUGUUUAUAAAUUGCUGUUUGUUUCAUAACGCCCUCUUUCAAGAGAAUCCGGACAUGCUCUACGAACAACAUGAGAAUCAUAGAGAUGGAUAAAACAAGUUUUUCCCCACCUCUCUGAUGAGAAUGUAUCUCUUGGAAAUUGAUUCUAUCCAAAGAUUAUACAUAAGAAAUUUUUCUGGAGAAAACCAAUCAUAAUAUUUUUUGCUUUAGAAUAGUUUAUGAAAAGAAAACAAACACAAAAGCACAUA